AUGUCCUCUGAACUUAAAAAGACCAAUUUAAAUUCGGUUAAUGAUUUACGUCAAGCCACUGAUGAUCAAUUGGGUCAAGUAAUGCAACAAUUUGGAUAUGAAGAAUCAUUUGCCCUAAUAGAUAUCAAAUUAGGGUUGGGAGUAGCCACUGUUGUCAUCGCUGGUCUCUUAUUUCUUGUGGAUAAGAAAUUCACAUUCAAGGAAAGUUACAACAUCACUGUGAUUUCAAUUGUGCUUUAUGGAUUCUGUAGUGGGUUGUUAUAUUUACUUAACUUCUUGAACAAAAAUGUGAAAUACACCGGCUACAACAAAAAGGGAAGAAAAGUCACAAUUGCCACAUGGACUGCCAACAAAUUUGAUCCAAUUUAUCAUAUUAGCGUUACAUUUGGCGACAGAAAACAGAGAGUGGUUACUUCAUUUGAGUUUACCAAGUUUUUUGAUGUAAUUGGAUUUUUCAAUAGAGAUAAAUUUAUUGAGUUAUUAGGUAAUGAGUUUGAAAAGGUGGAUAAAAAGAGUCUUUAG